AGCAUUUUCAGCUUUUAUUUCAGAUUUUCAGCAUUCACAGUAAUUUGCUUUAAUUAUUCAUGAUGCCUGUUAGUCAGGACCAGACACCAUGCUCCAUCUUUCACCGUCUCCAAUCGAUUCCCCAAUCCUGCCGACUGUCAGUCACACGCUGCACUUCCUGAACCUCAAUCUCUCAACUUGGUGCAACUGAGGUCAAGAAUGAAGCAGAUACCCCCUCAAAUCCAAGUCAGUGCCUGGGUUGUAAUUUCGUGUUUAUUUACAGGGGCUCCGUUGUGUUAUGUUGUCUCGGGGUUCAUUUACAGCGACUCCAUGUUCUGUUGUCUCGGGGUUUAUUUAAAGGGGCUCUGUGUUGUGUUGUGUUGUCUCAGGAUUUAUUUACAGGGCCUCUGUGUUGUGUUGUCUCGGGGUUUAUUUACAGGGGCUCUGUGUUGUGUUGUCUCAGGAUUUAUUUACAGGCGCUCUGUGUUGUGUUGUCUCAGGAUUUAUUUACAGGGGCUCUGUGUUGUAUUGUCUCAGGGUUUAUUUACAGGGGCUCUGUGUUGUGUUGUCUCGGGGUUUAUUUACAGGGGCUCUGUUGUGUUGUCUCAAGGUUUAUUUACAGGGGCUCUGUGUUGUGUUGUCUCUGGGUUUAUUUACAGGGGCCCUGUGUUGUGUUGUCUCGGGGUUUAUUUACAGGGGCUCUGUGUUGUGUUGUCUCGGGGUUUAUUUACAGGGGCUCUGUGUUGUGUUGUGUUGUGUUCUGACGUCUCGGUGUUUAUUUACAGGGCUCUGUUGUGUUGUGUUGUCUCGGGGUUUAUUUACAGGGACUCUGUUGUGUUGUCUCGGGGUUUACUUACAGGGGCUCUGUGUUGUGUUGUCUCAGGGUUUAUUUACAGGGGCUCUGCUGUGUUGUGUUGUCUCAGGGUUUAUUUACAGGGGCUCUGUGUUGUGUUGUCUCAGGGUUUAUUUACAGGGGCUCUGUGUUGUGUUGUCUCAGGGUUUAUUUACAGGGGCUCUGUGUUGUGUUGUGUUGUCUCAGGGUUUAUUUACAGGGGCUCUGUGUUGUGUUGUCUCUGGGUUUAUUUACAGGGGCCCUGUGUUGUGUUGUCUCGGGGUUUAUUUACAGGGGCUCUGUGUUGUGUUGUCUCGGGGUUUAUUUACAGGGGCUCUGUGUUGUGUUGUGUUGUGUUCUGACGUCUCGGUGUUUAUUUACAGGGCUCUGUUGUGUUGUGUUGUCUCGGGGUUUAUUUACAGGGACUCUGUUGUGUUGUCUCGGGGUUUACUUACAGGGGCUCUGUGUUGUGUUGUCUCAGGGUUUAUUUACAGGGGCUCUGUGUUGUGUUGUGUUGUCUCAGGGUUUAUUUACAGGGGCUCUGUGUUGUGUUGUCUCAGG